UUCCUGCUCUGUAGAUUAUAAGUGGACAGGAGCAACCCGGCUUCCAUUUACAGAAAGGUGGAAAGGGAGGAGAAAGAAACCUAUCGAAUUUGGGGGAGGGCAAAAGCAAUGCUAAGGAUUUCUACUCCACCCUUUAAAAAUGUCUAUUUAAAAGGCAUUUAGUGCAUUAGACUAACAGUUUCACACGCCAAAGGUGGUAAACAUGGCUGAGGAUAAAAAAGCCUUCAUUGAUGAGAUAAAUAAGGUGUUGGCAAAGUCUGAAGGUCUUACCUUGAAGGACCUGCUGUUCUCAUACCAGGGGACCCCAUAUCCUGUUGUAGCGUGCAGCGUGGAGACAUUCCAAGCUCUGGAGAACCUGGAAGCCAGAAGAGAUGAUAUGGUGUUGGUGUCCUACCCAAAAUGCGGUGUGAACUGGCUUAUCCAGAUUUUAAGUGACUUGAUAUUUACAACUAGCCAGAGUAAGCCUGUAAGCAUGGAACUACCAUUUAUUGAAUGUGGAGAUCCAGAUAAAUAUGAGAGGAUGAAGCAGAUUCCAUCUCCAAGGAUUCUGGCAACACAUCUGAAUUAUGAUUGCCUCCCCAAGUCUAUUUUCAAGAACAAAGCCAAGAUACUAGUACUGUUUCGAAACCCUAAAGAUACAGCUGUUUCAUUUUUCCAUUUCCACAACAAUGCACCAAGUGUCCCCAGUUACAGCUCCUGGGAUGAGUUCUUCUCAGAGUUCAUGAAUGGGAAAGUUGGCUGGGGAUCCUAUUUUGAUCAUGCAGUCACCUGGAGCAAACACAUUGAGGAUGAGAAUAUUAUGGUCAUAAUGUAUGAAGACUUGAAAGAGAACCUGACUGCCAGUGUAAAGCAGAUAGCUGAAUUCUUUGGAUUCUCCCCAACGGCAGAGCAGAUCCAGUCCAUUGCGGACAGGGCCACUUUCCAGGCAGUGAAGGAUAAGGCUCAGGAGACUCAUGGUGCUGUUGGCUCCACUCUUUUCCGCAAAGGUGUUGUUGGAGACUGGAAAAAUCUUUUCACUGAAGCUCAGAACCAGGAAAUGGAUGCCAAAUUCAAAGUGUGCUUAGAAGGAACUAAGCUGGGAGCAAAGUUAAAAUAUGACGUGUACUGCAAGGCCUGAGCCUCCUUUAGAAAAACACUCAUGUCCAGGCUGCUUUUCAUUCCCUUUUAUGGAAUAAAAUAGAGGCCAGGACAACAUCUAAUUUAAAAAUCUUGAAAAUCCAUGCAAUUUGCAAACUUGUUUCUGCUGUCUUAACUUACACAAGCAAUCCUUGCUUGUAUAGUUAGUGACUUCACUGGAUUUUCUGAAAUGACCUGUAGUUCUUUGGCCUCACUUGGUUUUAAGCACUGAUUUUUAGCUAUGAUUUCAUGUUACCAGCUAGAAUCCUGUGUGGAAUAUAUAUGUAGUAGUUGAGCCUGCUGAAGCCACUGGAAAUGUAUUCUUAUAUGUUCGAAGUGAUUUUCCAAGAGGUUUUUUAAAACAAUCAUGAGGUGUCAUUUUGAUUCCUAAUUUCUAAGUUCAUAGUAUUUUCAUAGUAUUCGUGUAUUAUUUUAAUUUCGAAGUUCAUAGUGUAAAAUGAAAUUUCAAAAGGUCUUCUUGUAGUUGUCUUUUGCCACUUUCUGUGUGCUGAUAAAUGUGUGAAAAAAAGAAA